AUGGAGGAAGGCCGCAAGCCUCUUGAAGAGAGAUUAAAAUUGGAAGUUGACAAUGCUAUGGCUCGCGCUCGGGCUGGGAGUCCAACUGGAAGUAAUCGAUCUCGAGUAGACGAUCUAGAGAGUAGGAAUUUUUCUCUUGAGGAAGAGGUUAAAGAUUUGAAGAUUCAAAUGAGUGGCAAGCAGAAUGAAAUAUCCAAGCUAACCGAGUUGUUGGGUAAAAGAACAGCCGAGCUUGAGAAAAUCAAAUCUGGCUACGAGGACAAGAUGAAGAAAACGAGAACAAUCUUCAACGCCGCAAACAAGAAUUUGACGGAGCUUAGACAGACAGUCACAGUUAAAGAUGCCGAAAUCGUUGAACUUAAAGAAACAAUAGAAUCGUUAAAGCAAAAAAACCAGGAAUCUAACACAACAGUCAAUGAAAUUGAAAAGUCGGUUGAUCAAUUGACCAUGGAGUUACAUAAUCAAGUUGCAAUGUAUACCACUCAAGUCGAACAAUUGGAAUCGAAACUUCGUCAAACGACCCAGCAACUCAAUCAGACAAAGGAAGAAUUUCAGCAAUAUAAACAGCGAGCACAUGCACUGUUGCAGGAAAAAAGUGCAGAUGCUAAUACAACAAUAAGCGCUAUAACUGAUGCAAAGACAUCCGAUUUACAAACACAAGUUAAGAAACUGCAAGGAGAACUUAGUCACAAAUUAGUAGAACUCCGACAAACACAAGAAAAAUUGAAACUUGCCGAAAAAGAACUCUUACGCGUAUCCGAACAAAACGUUCGUUUGGAACAGGAAUUGCAAAGAUCGCAGCGAUCGGCUAGGCAAAACGCCGAAUUAGUGGUAGAAACUCAAGAACUGUUGAAAAGUGCUUCGGAAGAAAAGGAACACGUUAGAGAAGAAUUGAGAAAGAGUGAGCAGAAGCAUGAGGAAAGCAUACGAGAUUUUGAAGAGAGGCUUGAAAAGACAUCAGGUCAAGUUCAGGCAGAUCUUAUAAAGCAACAAGAAGAGAACGAAGACUUACGACAGAUAAAUAAGCGCUUGGACAAAGAACUCUCCACCCUUCGCGCACAGCUUGCCGAGCGCACUGAGCAAUUGAACGAGGCUCAAAAACAAUUAUUAUCACGAAAACCACGACCACUUAGUCCAUUGGUGAGGGAAGAAAGACACGUAACGCCAAGGAGUGAGAGUCGACCAGGCUCACCUUCGAUCGCGAAUAAACGGGCUAGUGGAUCAUACUCUUCACUUUCGGACCUUCUUUCAGAUACAGAACCAAAAUUGGCUCCUUCCCAAGAGCGUGAAAAAGAACAAACAUUAAAAAUUCAACACCUUGCUGAACUUUUGAACGAUAGUGAAGCCACUGUGAAACGACUCGAAGAACAAGAAAAAGUAUUAAAAGAAGAGAUUAGGAGAAUGGAUCGAAUGGAAAAGAGACAAGACAUGAGUAUUGAAUAUUUGAAGAAUGUUGUCUUGAAAUUUCUGGAGAGCAGUGCUGGAGAACGGGAGUAUCUGGUUCCGGUGAUAACUACAAUUCUUCAAUUGAGUCCUGAAGAAGCGAAGAGUCUUAGAGAGAAGGCUGUUGACAGUGGUCCUGGAAGUCCGGUUAUGUUGGGAUAUGGUGUUUUAUGA